AUGAUUCGCAUGAGUCCCAAGAUGUCACGGUUGCCUCGUUCAACCGUCCCGUUGCGCCACGGGCAGUAUGCAAGCACUACUGACUUGGUGCGUCUCGUGGAAACCCCCAAGGAGCAUGCGGCGGGUGCCCUCGCGGAGCUUGGCGGCAUCGAAGGCGUCGCGCAAGCGUUGAACGUGUCGGUGGACCAUGGUCUGGACAGCGACAACACGGCCGACUUGGCCGCGCGUGAAAAGACGUUUGUUGUGCUGUGCUCGUAG